GAAGGCUCGACAGGUCUACUCAGUGUCCAUCUCUGCCUCCUCACUGACUCACGUCCAGAGCCUCCUCUGCCUCCUCACUGCCUCACGUCCAGAACCUCCUGCUGUCUCUGCCUCCUCACUGCCUCACAUCCAGAGGUUCCUGCUGUCUCUACCUCCUUAUGUCCAGAGGUUCCUGCUGUCUCUGCCUCAUCACUGCCUCACGUCCAGAGGUUCCUGCUGUCUCUGCCUCCUCACUGCCUCACGUCCGGAGCCUCCUGCUGUCUCUGCCUCCUCACUGCCUCACGUCCAGAGGUUCCGUCUGUUUCUCUGCCUCCUCUCUGCCUCACGUCCAGAAGUUCCGUCUGUUUCUCUGCCCCCACUGACUUUCUUCCUGUUAUCACCAUGGACAUUUGGUGUUCCAUAGCCACGGUAGUAUGGCUGUUAGCUCUUCUCAUCUCUGAUCCAGUUGAUGGAUUUCCUUCUCAGCUCCUGAAAGACAGCUGUGUGAGCGUGUCUGAGGAGCUGGACCAGUUCCGUGUCCAGGGUGAGGCUGUGGUUCUGGGCUUCCCCGGGCUGAUCGGGUACCUCACCAAACGGAACCACCUCACCACCUCAGGUGGCUACAGCUUCCUCAUCGUCAAAGGCAAUGGAGCGACUGGCCUGGAGGAGGAAGAGGAGGCAGAGGAAAAACGGGUUCUGCAGCGAGAACAGAACUUGUGGCUCCUCCCAGCUCGGCUGUCAGACUCUGGAGAGUACACUUGCAUCUACAGAAAGGGCUCCGUCUGCAUAACAGGCAACAUCAAUCUACGCGUGUAUGAGAACAUGCUGAGUGGCAUAGACAAAAUGCACUACCCUAUAUUCGACCAAGCAGGAAAAGAUGUUGAACUCACCUGUCCACACAUCUCAGCCUUCAACAUGACACAGAAGAUACAGUGGUUCAAGGACUCCAGACCCACAGCGCUCCCUAUGGGCAGUGGUCGCUACUAUAGGGUGAGAUGGAACAAGAUGGUCAUCAUUGAUGUGAGCCAAUCAGACGAGGGUUUCUAUACGUGUGCUCUGCAAGUGCAUGCCAACAAACACCUGUACACAGUGAGCAGAAUCACGAAGCUCCACGUAGAAAUGCCUAAGAUAUACCCACAUAGCCACACCACUCAGCCCAGCACUGGCUUGGCCUUAUCUCCAACCUCAGGUGCUGCCUCAACUCCAACCUCACGCUUGGCCACCACCCCAACCUCCCCCCCAACUGGCAAGACCUUCCAGAGCACAGUCCACACGACAGUGAUACAGAGCCCAAGGAUCGUGCUCCCUCUACAUGGAGCCGUGUUUGAAGGCCGUUCUGGUGCAGAACUGGAGAUGUUAUGCAAGGUUCUGACGCAUUGCCAAUCAUUAAACUCCACCGUGGUCACAUGGUUGGUGGAUGGCCAAUUACUGGAGAAUUCCUACCUUAAUGGGCGGGCUCUACAGGGUGAGAGGAGGACGACCAGAGUGGCGGAGGGUUGUCAUGUGGAGGUGAGGCUGGUGGUCCGGGGGCUGACUGGGGCAGACUCCAGGAGAAGCCUGGCGUGUGUGACUCACAACCAGGCGGGAGGGCAGGAGGUCCAGGCCCUCAUCAGACUAGACGACUCAGAGACCCCGUGGCUGGUGGGGACGGUGGGCUUUGUGGUCGUCUUCCUGCUGGUGAUCUCUGUGCUGCUGUGUCACCUGCUCCGGCCCUGGAGGAAGGAGCACUACGUCCUGGCUGCACAGGACAGCUCCCUCUAGCGGUCACACCUGGAACUGAACUGCACUAAACACUUCCACAAACGUCCUUCAUUUCCUCUGUAGGCAGGCAGCGACAUUAAUACUGUAGCUUAACCGUACUCCCGAGUUCGAAGACCAUACCAAUAACUGAACGUGCAAAGUAGUUUUACUUGAAGGAAUAAUGAGAAUGAAUGAAUGAACGAAUGAAGAGUCCAGGCAAGAUACUGUAGGUGGAGGAGUGGAAUUCAAAAUCUGGGCAUACUGGAGUUCAGCUGAGCUCCCAACUGAUGUAUUCAAUAAAAUGUAACAAUUGUGUCAUUAGAGAAGCAUGUUGCUAAAUAAAAAAAUAAUAUAUAAAAAAAAAUAAACAAUCAAUUCACAACAGUAGAUUGAGUUUUAAGCCAUGUUAGACCUAGACGAUGUCUGGUUUGAUGCUUCCGAUUAUCUGUUGUAACGCUCUGCCACUAGGCGGCAAUAAAUUACAACGUAAUACUAUUUUUUUUCAUUGAAGUAAAUCAUGCCUCUAAACUAAAAGUAGGCUAUAGCUAUCGCUGUCAUUUGUCAGUCACCGAGUACAAGAACGAUUGAGUCAGCAUUGGGCACACAUCCUAUUGAUCACAUGAGAACGUAAAAUAUUAUAGGCUAAGCCUGUACGAUUUUAUUGAAAGACUGAAGGCAAUAUUUAAAGCAAGAACCAACGCAUGUAACAACACCCAUAAUUUUGACGUAGUUAUAUGUUUACUAACUUUAACUCG